AUGGGGGGAGGGUGCAGGGCCGCCGUCCGUGCGGCCUCCACCGCCUUCGCCGCGCUGCGGCGGCGGCGCCGACUCCUGCCCCCGGCGACGCUGAUGCAGCAGCGACGGCACUGCAGCGGCAGCUUCGCUGCGGGGAAACAGGCGUUUCACUACCGACCGCAUCAACUCAGCGGCAAAAGCAGAAGAGGCGCCAACUCGGGCGCUGAGGCUUCUUUGGCAGCACCGGCGUCCUCCUCCAUGCGCCUCUCCCUGGAUUCUCUGGCACCACCCGCCACACUGACAGCGGACACCGCCGUAGAGUACCUGGCGGCGCUGCGUGGCCUGCACCGUUCACUGGGUAUCGCCACAUCGUCGUCACGCGUCCGUUGGCAAGCGCGGGAGUUUCUGCUUCGUGGCAUGCCAGACCCGAAUGCCAAGGAAUUGCAGGCGCUAUGGACGAUGACAGAAGAGCUUGCCUGUGCGAUCACGGUCUCCUGCGCAUAUUUUGAGGUCUCCAUCUCGGAGUGUAUGUAUGGAACUGAAAGCGUCGAGUUUCUGCAGGGUAUUUGGCAGAAGCGCCUGCAGGCAUCCUCCGCCUCCUCCUCAGUGCUCAAGUGCACUUGUGAGGAGGCUGUCUUGCUCGGUCGGCUCACCAUGGCGCUCCUGGAGCUUCUGACCAACCGUAUUUUGCACGUAGAAGUAGACGAGUACGAGCUGUUGUCGCAGCUGCUAUGCAUGACACUCUUGCCUGCUGUGAUGUCUGUGCUACAGGAUGACGCCCUUUUUCACUCCUCUACUGGGGGAGCAGAUGAAAAUACUAGUGAGCUGACGGCCGCACAGGCCACUGCCUUCACCGUGCUGCUUUCUUCCCUGACGAAGGCAGCGGUGACACAGUGGGCUCGCCCUGGCAGUGACUCAGGGGGCGUUGUUCUCUUUGGCACACCGGCCGCGCCGCCGCGUCCUCCGGAGGGUGUUCCGCGUCUCCCGCGUGCGCUUCGGGUGAGCGUCCCUGCGUUGCCUCUGGCGAAGUUGGCGCGCGGCGUGCACCACUGCGCACGUGGUCUCCUGCCCGCGCAGGUGAAGGAGGCGGCACUGCCAUUGCUGCGCUUCUUCACACUUACCCAAUGCGUCCCGCUUUUUAUUGUGCCGUGUGGUGCGUGUGUGCAGCACGGCGGGGACGAUGGCGGCGGUGCCCAAGACACACACAUGGUAUCACUCGUGACUUCCAUCACAGACGUUCUACAGGCGUCUCUGGAGCACCGCACUGCUUUCGUCUCACAUCAAGUCGCAAACAUUACCUCGAUAUACGCCCGCAUCCUGUCGUUUUCUCCAAGAGACCCAGCGAGAGAGGCGGGAACGGAUGGAAACGUUGCCACUGCCUCCGCGCAGUGGCUCAUGUUCGAGAGCCUUAUGAUGGGGGUCAAGCGCAACCUCCUGUAUCACGUGGAGCCGCUCUCGCCCACGGUUGUGAUGCCGCAGCUGUGCGAGUGUGUGACGGCGUUUGCCAGAAAGUACCUCUUCUCGGACCUGGCUGCCUUGCUUAACGCACUUUCUAAGAUUUUCCGAGUCGUCUGCGAGCACCACAGACGUCUGCGGGCACAGCCGCAGCAGUGGCGGCAGUCGCAGGGUGCCCAGCUGGACAGGCAGGACGCCGUGCGCUCUCGCUUCGAGCGACGCCGAACGACGGCUCCCGUCGCGACGACGAGCGAAGUGUCGACGGAUGCGGGGCAUUCAUCCCCCUCCUCCGCGGCAGCAGCGCCGCCGCCCUCGUCCUCAUCGACGGGUGUGUUUUUCGUCAGCAACGACGAUAUUGCGGAAAUAGAGGGUGAGCUCGAGGUGCUUCUAGACGCGUGCGUCGCCGUCAUGGAGCGGCACCUGCCAGCCUCCUGCAACAGUCGACAGGUGUUUGUCGCGAAGGCGUCUGCGCCGCAUUCGGCUGGCCGUGAGGGAGGCGGCGGCGGCGGCGGCUCCACGGCGGGGCGGGAGGAGACAGGCGUCGCGCUUGCAGGGGUCGGCGCCUCACAGGCGAAGUCACUUGGCGGGAGAAGCCGCCGACUAAAAAAGACGGUCUCCAGCAGAGAACUUGUCAUGAUUGCGGAGGGCGUCCACGCCCUGAGUUGGCGCCCGUUCAUGGCGUUCCAGGAGCGCCUGCUGACUCUCCUCUCCUCCCACGUGGGGCAGAUGGAGGCGACACCGUCCGAAUACGCGUGCCUCGUUGGGUACCUGCUCCGUGCACCCCCCGUGCCUCCGUCAGUCAUCUUUCACUCCGUGGGGGAUCGGCUCAGGCGGCUGAUUCACGCAGAGGCAGUUACGGCCGCCUCGUCGCACGGUGUCGGUCUUGGCGGCAGCCAGGCGAGCACCGCGGCGGUUGCCACCGCAGAAGAGGAAGAAGGCGGCGGUGGGCGUAUGGUGAUUGCCGCGGCGCAUGCUCGAUCGUUGCAGGACAAACCGCUGGCUCUGCACGACGCCUGCGCGGUUGUUUUUGCCUUUGCGCAGAAGUUGAAAAAGUCGGCCCUCCCGUUGCUUCAUGAUCUUCUUGUGCGGUGCGGCCAGCGGGUGGUGGCUGCCUCCGGGUCACCGCCGGGGUUGUGUGAGGAUGCGGCCACUUUCUUCUCGGCCUUUGCGAUGUUUGUGGCAAGCGCCACCUGGGUGCUGCACCAGUCAGAGCCCUUUUCGGCGGGGGAUCACGUCCUGGCUUUUAUUGCGACCUCCCGCGACCGUGCGGCUCAAGUUUUGGCGGCCAUGGCCCCAGAGGAAGGGAGUCACGCGGCGACGGCCCGCCUCCCCCUCAGGGAGCUGGCGUACGCGUGUAUGAUGCUGGAGCCCUCCCGCGGCUCCGGGGGGGAUGGCCCCCUGGCACAGCUCCGUCGUGGUCUGCGCGAGGCGUACACGGUGUGCGGCUCCCGCUGUGACAGCAUGGAGGUGGCGCAGUUUCUCGCCGACUACCUCGCAACCACCGCAAUGACCAUGUCGUAUGGCGACUCUCUGACUGCGCGGGAGGGGGCGGCGCCGCCGCAGCUCUUGCCUUGGAUGAUUGCCUCCCUGCAGCUGCAGCAGCGGCUUGCCAGCAGCACGCGAAUCCUCAUUGUGACGUUCUCUCCGUUUCUUGCCGGCGGCAGCGACGAGGAGGUGGCGCGGAUUUUGCACGUCACCCGGAUGUACUGCCGCACCUUCGCAACACUUGUCACCACGCUGCGGCUGCUGCGUGCAGCGAAGGUCGAACUGCUGCGCGAGGAGGCUGUGCUCGCGGUGGUGCUUCGCAAGGUUGCACAGCUCACGCGGCGCACGGCACGCCCACUAGAGUUGUUUCAAUUUUUCGAGCUCUACGGCGACUGCCCACAGUUGGUCGCCGCGUGCCUGAGCGAGCUUCUGCCAGAGGCGCAAUGCUUCAACGCGAUCAACGCCUUUGUUCCCAUCGUGCAGGUAAAUGCCGCAGUGCGGGCGGUGCGACGACUACGGCAGCGGGAGCUGCGGCAGCGUUGGCUUGCCGCAAUGACCCCACUUAUUCUCUCCGCCGUCUCCUCGUCCCGCGAGCCCCUUGACGUCGUGCUGGAGCUAACGGAGUGCAUCGGCAGCGACGACCCGGGGCUAUUGCAGGCUGUGCUUAAGUCCUCCGCCUCGAUGCAAGUGAUUCAUGAGACAUUCAGCUACACCGUGCCCGGGGACGUUUUGCUCCGUCUGCUUUUGCAGCUCCAAAGCGUCAAGACAUCGCACCCGACCGUGCGCCGGCUGCACGCGGCGUCGCGAAAGCUGCUGCAGCGGGGCAACGUGCACAUUCCGCUGGAGCAACUGGCGCAGGCCAUGCUGCUGCCCUCCCUUGAAGGGACAACCCUUGGCAGGCGACUACAGAAGCUAUUUGUGUUUCGCGUGACGACCCUCCUUGGCGCCACGCGGCCGCGUUCCGCACGCCGCAAGGAACUGCCGGAAGCAAAGUGUGACGAGGACCCGCCCACCACGGCGGAGCGACACUUUCACUGGGACGAAUCCUUGAAUCGCCUCGAGCUGGAGCACUGGAUGGCGCUUCUGCGCUUUUCCCACGUGGGGGAGCCGUCGUCGCACCGCCUGGUGAUGGCCAUCAAACAGGACAGGGAUGCCACCGCCCAGCGAAGAGGGAAGUCGGCGUUCUCAGCCUCCGCGAACGGAGAAAAUGCGCCGGCGACGGCGGAAGCAGCGGCGGCGGCAGCAGCAGCAGCAGAUGUACCCGCUGGGGAGACGCCGGAGGGGCACGCGGGAAGCAGCGAGGUUGGGGAAAGGGCUGACAAACGGUGUCGCAGUUUGGCUUAUUUCUACGCCUUUUCGGACCACACCAUUUUAUGCCUGCGCCGGGCUUUGGGGGCGUUUCACUUCAUAACGCUUGUGUGCGAGCUGCUGCGUCAGGCCGCGUGUUUGUCUCCCGAGGCGGCGUCUGCGCAGGAGCCCGCGUCGCGUGGGCGUCGAUGCAUGUACGACGGCAGUGCCUCACCGCUCUCGGAUGCGCGCGUGUGGCCGUUCCUGCGGCUCGCGGUGGGGUUGGUGGAAGAAAUGUCGGCCGACUUGGGUGAAUUUCUGCGGCGCGAGCAGGACGAGCGACGGCGGUUGCACUACCGCGAGGAGGCGGCUGCAGCCGCCGGCGGCGUUGAAGAAGGGGCGGAGGUUGUUCUGAACGUUGGGGCGGUGUUGGAGCUCCUGCGGCUGCUGGACGCCUACGAUCCGCCGCUUCGUGAGCAGCGACUACUGCUGCAUCUGCAGCUGCCGCCGUCGUCGCCCGCACCGGCGGAGGCGCCAGCUCUCUUUGCCGACGCCGUGCAGCUUCCACACCGCCAUCUUUACCGGCUGCUGUUGCAGCUGCCGCUGUACUGGGGCAAAGAAACCCCUGCGGCGACGCCUGUUGACACGCCGCGCGUGCGUCUGCAGAACAUAUCAUCUGUAUUUGAUUACUGUAGUGCGCCCCCGGAGUUUGACUCGCCGUUUGGUGCGCCCGACCCCUCCAUGGAGGCGCAUCGCCGCCUAACGGGCAUUUUCGGCACCGAUCGGCCGCUCAUCACAGAUGUGUGGCUUCCACUCCCCGCACUGCGGUCCCAGCAGCAGCAGAUCGACAGGUCUGUUAAGACGCAGCUCUUUGAGGCGCUGAUGCGUUGCCUGGUGCGCGACGGGGAGUCGCUGGCCGCCACAAGGUCGCGGCUUGCGGCACUCGGUCCGCGCGAUUUGGCCUGCGUUGCACAGACGUGCCUCCGUGGCGACACCGGGGAUGCCGUGGGAACCGAUGCCCGCGACAGGUGGGGCGAGGACAGUUGGCGGCGCGGCAGGAGGGCAGAGGCGGUGACUGCCCUUGAAUUGCUCACGGACAUGCUGCCAAGUGCCACUGCGGAGGACAUUCACGACGUUGUCAUGGUGCUUCUGCCGCCCCCAUCCGCCGAGGCCCGGCGACACGGCGGUGACGGGCACGCGUCACAUGCACCGCCGCAUGGCGAGGUGGCGGAGGUGCGACGCUUCCUCGCCCACGUCGCUGUAGUCAUGGGCAACGACACGGAGCGGUUCCCGCUGCCACUGCUCUACGGCAUUCUUCUGCGCCUGCAUGAGCCGCACCGCCUCAUCGCCCCUGCCGCGGCGCAGAUGAUGCUAACAAGCCUCCACGUGGCCGAUGAUGCGACGAGGCGACAGCACCCGCAGGAGCACGAGGAGGAAGCGGCGGCGGUGGAGGAGGAGGGGCCGGAAGAGGCCGUCGACGGGCCAAGCAGGAAGAGGUGCUACACGGCAGCCGUUGCCCUUCUACGGAGUGUCGUCGCUUCCUCAUCCUCCGCCUCGUCGUGCGCGUGA